AUUUGUAAUUGCAAAUGGCGGAUUGUGAUGUGUUGAAUAGCACGUGGGCACGUUAAUUACAAUAAUUUACCACCUUCAGUAGAGAUUAUAUCACUUCCAUCAUGGUCUCUAAGAGGAAGAAGAAGUAUGAGUCCGGGGAAGGCAACAGAUAUGUGUCGAGAAAGACGGCCCUAAAAAUGUUGCAACUAUCACUAAAGGAUUUUCGGAAGUUAUGUAUACUGAAAGGAAUAUAUCCACGGGAACCACGUAACAGGAAGAGAGCUCAAAAGGGUGCUACUGGGAUUAAAACAUUAUAUCACUUAAAGGAUAUUCAGUUCUUAUUACAUGAACCCAUAAUAUGGAAACUUAGGGACUAUAAGAUUUUUGCAAAGAAAAUGGGAAAAGCAAGAGCAUUGCGAGACUUUGAGACCAUAAAGCGGACCCUAGAAAAUCGUCCACAUUUAACAUUGGAUCACAUAGUGAAAGAAAGAUAUCCAUCCUUUAUUGAUGCUUUGCGUGACUUGGAUGAUUGUCUUACACUGUUGUUCAUGUUCUCAACAUUCCCUUCCUUGCAACAUGUGCCUCGUGAUCAGUCGGCACUUUGUCGACGUCUGACUAUUGAAUUUCUACAUGCUGUUAUUGCAUCACAGACUCUCAGAAAGGUGUUUGUAUCCAUCAAAGGCUACUACUUCCAGGCUGAAAUUAAAGGACAGACUGUUACAUGGAUUGUGCCACACCAGUUCUGUUUUGUGCCUCAGUCUACAUUAGAAGUAGAUUUCCGAGUCAUGUCAACAUUUGUGCAGUUUUAUUGUGUUAUGCUGGGGUUUGUCAAUUUCCGACUCUACCACUUGUUGAAUCUUCACUACCCACCAAAAUUUGCUGUAUCUUCAGCUGAUGCCACAGAGAAGACUUUGGUUGAUGAAGAAGCUUUUGUAUCAGAACGUGUUGCAGCACUUAAUGUUCCACUUUUCUGCACUGGCAGAGAUACUACUGCAGAAGAAGAAGUAGAAAUAGACCAAUUUCCAAUGAUUGAAGAUCCAACUAAACUGGAAGAAAUUAAACAGGAAGCAGAAAAAGUAAAGAAACACAAGACCCUCUUUAAAGGAUUGAAGUUUUUCCUAAAUCGAGAAGUACCUCGUGAACCAGUUGUUUUUACAAUCCGGUGUUUCGGUGGUGAAGUAUCAUGGGAUAAACUGCUAUUUGUUGGAGCCACUUUUGAUGAAUCUGAUGAGAGUAUAACACAUCAAAUUGUGGACAGACCAAGCUUAGGAAAACAAUACAUUUCCAGAUAUUAUGUUCAGCCACAGUGGAUAUUUGAUUCUGUAAAUGCACGUGAACUCCAGCCUGUUGAGAAGUAUUUUCUUGGAGCAGUCCUGCCACCACAUCUUUCACCAUUUAUAGAUAAAACAAGAGAACAGUAUGUUCCACCAGAGGAAAGAGCACUUGAGGAUCCUUCAUUAGCAGAAAUGAACCCAGAAAAAGAAGAAACAGAGGAGGAAUCAGAGACUGAUGAGGUUGAAAAGAAAAAUGAAAGUGAGAAUGAAGGAGAAAUGUUGAGGAAUGAAGAGGAGCGAGAAGAUGGAAAUGAAAGUGAAAUUCAUGAAAAAGACAAAGUCAGAGAACAGAAGAAGAAACGCAUGUCUGUGAGUAUGGGAGUUGUUGCUCGGGAAGACCCAGCUGAGAAAAAGCGACAAGAAAGGCAGGAGUACAAGUUAAGAGAGAAAAUGAUAAAGAAGAAACAUCGUAACCUAUAUCGAAGCAUGAUGAAAGGUAGGGCAGAACGAGGGAAAGAGGCCUGGCUGCUUCAGAAGAAACGUCGCCUUCAUGAUGAACAAGAAAAGGCCAAACAUAAGGCUGAGAAAAAAGAAAAGAGGAUGAAGGCGGCAGCUGAUACAUGAAGCAGUAAAUAAAUAAAAAGUGGAACCAUCUCUCCACCAUGGGGAUGUUGUACUUAAUUUCUCAUAUUUCCAAAAUUUUGGGUAUGAUGUACUGUUAUACCCCUCCUCAAAAAUCAUGUCAUAUGAUGAGGCACAUUCAGUGAACCUGGCACAUUAUUGCCAAGACCACACAGUUUUGUUUUUGAAGUAUUCAUUUGUAUAAGAAUAACAGUUACAUUAUCAGAUAAAAGAUUUUCAGAAUAAUAUAUAAUUUCAUAUUGUGUUUUGUGUAAAAUUAAUGUUUAAUAAGAGAGAUCACACCUGUUUUUCAUCAUCGACGAACUCCAGAUUUGGUUAAAUAUGUUAUUGGUGGGACUACAUGAGGAGUUGCCCUGCAUAUUUUAUUUUCAUUCGGUCUGGUUCAGGGCAACUUUCACUUUACCUGAAGGAGAAAUUUGAAAUGAAAUUACUGAUUUUCUCAAGAGUGGUUCAUUGUACAAGAAAGUAAUAUAUGAUAACGUCAUUACAACAUAAAACAUUUAUUUGAAACAAUUUUAUGAUGGCCAUUUAAAAAAAUAAUUUCUGACGGCAUAGCGGUUUGCUUUGCAUUUGUAUCUGCAAUACAUGAAUAGAAAGGUCAAAAUAAUGUGCAGAAACUGAGUGUGUAUGAAACAUGUUUGCACUUUGCCACUUGUUUAUUACUGCCAUAACAAAAUUUUCAUGUAAGGUACUGCUGUAGAGAGUUUUUACACUGUUAUUCUGUGCUUUUAAUGGCAUGUAAUUAUAAUUAUGUAAUUACUGA